GUUAUUUACACUGCCCUAGAUAACGAAUUAGUAAAGUCUGUCAACGUGCUUAAGACUGAGAUGUUCAGUACAGCCCUUGAGACGCGGCGCGCCAGUCUGCGGUGGGUCUUGAUGUUACAGGCCAAAAUGCCGGAUCUGUUGUUCGCGUUAGUCUCUACUCUGAUGCCGGCCCUACUACGAUCCUUAUCCGAUAAGAACACGAAGAUUGUCAGCCUAUCGCUUGAAGCACUCGCGGAAUUUGCAUCGUAUGCACAACCGUCGGUACAAGAUCAAUGGCGAACGUCCGAUGAGAUGCCGCCCCACAUAGCACAGUACAUAAACACCACACACACACACACACACACAAACACACCCACACCCACACCUCCAUCCACGCACACAGCCACACACACGCACACGCACACGCACACGCACAGUGGGGAUAACAGGGGCAUCGAGGUAUCAACUGAGGGGCAGGGACCAGAUGGGAAGGAGACAGGCACGAGUUCGCAGAGAGAUGGGUUUAGUAUUACGGACGGUAGUAGAGAUAGCAUCACCUCCAAUACAGGGCAGGACAGGCCCACAAGUACGGGGAGUGGGACCAAUGCACACGACGGGAGACUCACAGACAACGGAGUGGAGCAUAUGAAACAGGCUGAGAAAGGGAGAGACGACGUCGACGAUCUGGCACAGGAUAUCGACAAUGCUACACUGGACCCCAAAACAGCCACCACCACAGCCAAACCGCCUCUGUCAGCUACAGACAGCAAUACCAGCGCUAUUGUCCGUGAUGCCACUUCCACAGUAGGCUCCUCCAGUACCAAACAAGGGCCAUUGAAUGCCAAAUUAAGCCUUUCCGGUGGGAAGGGCAUAACUUCCAGUGCAGCUCAAAGCAGCAGUGGUGGUCGGAAUGGAAGCACACCUCACACCGGCACACCCCCCGUGGGCAUGGGGUUGGUGUCGCCCCUGAUCCCCGGCAGAAGUCCAUUGGAGAGUGGGCAAAUAACACCGGCAGGAACUUCAAUCACACCCUCCAACGACGAGAUGUCCACCGACUUUGCCGGGUUUUUGGACCGCAUUCUGUCCCUAUUUAACGACAACCGCAAACUCCUCGCACAACGGGGUUCGCUGAUUGUGUGCCAACUGUGCAACAUGCUGUCACCCCUAAGGAUAUUCUACACCAUGGCGGACAUCCUACUCAACUACGAAGACCUGGAGUUCGCAGAGCAUAUGGUGUUCGUCCUGAACUCCAUUUUACUCACCAGUGUGGAGUGCCGUGAGUUGCGCACACGACUGAAAGAUCAGCACCUAAAGG